AUGGCCAAACCCGUACCAACUCCACCCCACCCACCUCGGCGCAUGACCAUGGCUACCCGUCCAGAGCCCCGCCCCACUGGCUUCACCCUCUCCACGAGGGACAUGCACCUCAUCACCAACCCUUUUCCCAGUUAUGAGGUUGCCUUCAUCCGCCUCAACCUCGCGACCACGCUGACUGUGGUGACGGUGCGCGAACCCGCUCUCUCCGUCAUCCCGUGGGAAUCGGAGCCGCUGUGCGCCCUGCUCGCCGAGUUCCGGCGGCUGCGGUUCUACCACCCGCAGGCCAAGCCCCUGUACGGCAUCAUCUACGCCGGCGACUGGAUGCGUCUUUACCGUGAACGCAUUGUGUCCCCGAAUUGCCAGCCACCCGAGCCGAAUUACUUCUAUGUGCAGCUCGCCCCCGGGCGCGACACGCUGCAUCGGAUCCAUGAUGCCGAGCUGCUGUUCCGGUGGUUGCGGACGAUUCCGCGGAAUGAGGCGGAGUUGGUUGGUAUUCCUGACAACAUACAGACUGCGUUUCAGGCCCACCUAAUCUACUGUGAUCUACUGUCAUCCCACACCGAAAUCAUCCCUCAUCUCAACCCAAGAAAAUGCCCUCUUAAACCCUUCGUCCUUUUCUUCAACGCCAUCCGCCACGCCCAACCCAUCUACACCAAGCUCCAGGACGUAUCCCACACAGAGGUGAUCACCAGCAAAAGCCGAACGGAGUUCUCCCACGCCCUGCAGACCGAAUACAAGAACAUAUUCGCCAUCUACCGCACCUCAGCCAGCGGGGCCACCCACGCGUCCAUCAUCCGCGACAUCUUCACCGAAAUCGCCACUACCUGCCCCGCAGCCAUCGCCUGCAUCGUCACCAACCAACCCGGUCAACUACAGCGGCGCGACGAUCGUGCCGCUGUACAGCCAGGCGCAGCCGCCUAUUCACGCCGACGAGGCGUGCAAUUCGGUGGCGACGAGACUGUCACGAGCAAGCAGGGAGCCGGGAGCGCCACGACGUGCAUGGCGUAUGCGGGGCUCCAGUUCGUCAAGGCUGUGCUGGCCGGGUUGCGGUGGGAGGAUGUCACUGAGGAGGCUUUUGUGUAUUUACCUGGUAUUGAGGGGGAAGAGAGAUGGCGGAGGAGCUUGGGAUGGAGUACUUCGCUGUGCGGACGGUGCUGGGGCCGGAGGGUGCGAGCAGGGUUCUUCCGUUUGGUGAUGUCGAUGGCAAGGAGAGGGAGAUGGUGGAGGUUGCGGUUCGGCAGCUGA